GAAAUAAAUCUUGUCCAUCCUUCUCCAGGUAAAGACCCGUCUCCAAGAUGUGGCCGUCUGUAGCAGCGCUGUGCCUCGUGGUGGCCCUCACAAGUGCCGUUACGGUCCCUCCCUCCUUCCCUCCUCUGUCUCAUGACAUGGUGAACUACAUCAACAAACUCAACACCACCUGGCAGGCAGGGCACAACUUCCAAAACGUGGACAUGAGUUACGUGAAGAAGCUAUGCGGCACCUACCUGCAUGGCCCCAAACUGCCACCAAGAUUCGAGUUUGCAGAUGACGUGGUCUUACCGGAGAGCUUCGAUGCGCGGCGACAGUGGCCCAACUGCCCAACGAUCAAUGAGAUCAGAGACCAGGGUUCUUGUGGUUCCUGCUGGGCCUUCGGUGCUGUGGAAGCCAUGUCGGAUCGUGUUUGCAUCCACACCAACGCCAAGGUGAACGUGGAAAUUUCUGCCGAAGACCUGCUCUCUUGCUGUGGUUUCGAGUGUGGGAUGGGGUGCAACGGAGGCUAUCCUUCUGGAGCAUGGAAGUACUGGACCGAAAAGGGCUUAGUCUCAGGAGGCCUCUAUGACUCCCACGUGGGCUGCAGACCCUAUUCUAUCCCUCCCUGUGAACAUCACACUAAUGGAUCUCGGCCCCCUUGCACUGGAGAAGGGGGAGAGACCCCGGAUUGUGUCAAGAGGUGCGAAGAUGGCUAUUCUCCGUCGUACAAGGAUGACAAACACAUGGGACUUACAUCCUAUGGCGUCCCACGCAGUGAGAAGGAAAUAAUGGCUGAAAUCUACAAGAAUGGGCCUGUGGAAGGAGCAUUUACUGUUUACUCAGACUUCCUCAUGUACAAAUCAGGUGUCUAUCAACAUGUUUCUGGAGAGGAAGUGGGUGGCCACGCCAUCCGGAUCCUUGGCUGGGGCGUUGACAAAGGCACACCUUACUGGUUGGUUGCCAACUCCUGGAACACAGACUGGGGUGAAAAUGGUUUCUUCAGAAUCCUCCGCGGAGAGGACCACUGCGGGAUCGAGUCCGAGGUUGUCGCCGGAAUCCCCAAUUAAAGCCAAUACUGGAGGAUGCUGUAACAUCGUUGUCGUUGUCAUCAUCUUCCAGCUCCAGUUAAUUCUUCUGCGAAUAAUCAAGCUGAUCAUGACCUGUGGAAACAGAAGCCGUUUGUUGCUCCUGAGACAUUUUAAACUUCAUUCUCUCUCUUUUUUAAAAAAAUUAAUCUUAAAGCCUUUAAAAAAUAUUUUUUAAAACUUUAUUGUACAGUACUGGCCGGUUGCCUUUCCAGCGGGGAGGGUGAGGCGCCGUACAUCCUGCCUGCGAGACAAAAUGGCGGGAGAUGGAACUGGACGGACCGAACCGGGCGUCUCUCGACAAAGGAAAGAUGUGAUGGGACGCAACGCCUCCUGUGCUUUUGUUUUGCUUUUUAUGGGAAGACAAUGAUCCUUGUAACAAAAAAAAAAUUGGUAAUCUGAGCUUGGAUGGCUUUGAGCAUCCUUAGAUUCAGGUAAAGCUGUGAAGUUAGUGGUGGGAAACCGGCGUUGUGAGUUGACUUUUGGAAAGCCGUGCUAUCAAGCCAAGAGAUAAAAGUGGACUUGAGCAUUAACGCCCAGUGCCCGCAAGGGCAAUAAGGGCUAAAGUAGCCGUUUGUUUACGAUACCUAGGUUGAGCUCUCUUACGUAUUUUCAGAGGACAUCUCCUCAGUUUAACACUAGGGAGUACGAGGAAGGAGAGAAAACUUGACAGGCUUAUCCUUCACUUACACAAAACCCUUCUUUUCCUUCCCAUUCCUCUAUUUUGACAUGGGUGCGAAAUCAGCAAGAGAAGGACCAGGGAGGAGAACUGACGGGGGGCCUUAUUUUAAACUGACCUGCAUUGCAUCCUUUAUAAACUACCGUUGGCUUGCAAAAUCAUUGAGGGGGCUCGCAUUUUAAGGCUUCCAUCAUAACGGAACUGAAUAAUUGGGGAAGCCCAAAACUAAGAAGGUCUGGCAUGAGUUUUUUAUUCCUAUGAGGCCUUAGCAUUUCCUCUAUAUAUUCCACUUUAUUCCCAUUUUCUAUUCUCUGAGGAGUAUGGGAUGAGCUGGACUUUUCUGUAAAGAGGUAGCAAUGCUUCGCUUAAACACUAGUCUUUUCCUACUGCACGUUAUCUGUAGGGAACUGAAGUAGAGGUGGAAACACUGUUGGCAUGUGGCAAAACAUCAUGGCUUAGAUUGAUUCUUGGCCUGUACUUUUAGCAUAACUGAAGCCCGUUGGCUUUUAACUGAAUGCCCCUGAUUUCAGUGGAUCUGCUGCAGAAAUGAGUCAUUUUGGAUCUGGCUGGUAGGCACCACCUAACUUCACUCGUGUUCCGUUUCAAAGACUUGUACAGGUUAAAGGCCAACAGUCGUCAAAUGUGUGGUUGCAAAAGUGGCCGAAUGUUGAUCCCUGUGGCUUCGUAAUGUAUUUCUCAUCUCUAAUAAAGACCUUCCAAUCUCGU